ACCCCCUCUCUCUCUCCUUCCUCGCCGGAGCGCCGCCGUGGGACGCCGCAGCAGCUACGGUCGCCGCCGCCGCUCCUCCGCCGCCCCGAUUUCGAGUCAGCUUCGCCGGAGGGCUCCGUUGGACCCCUCAAGGGUUCGAUUCGUCUCCCAAUUUGAGGCAAAGAUAAAGAAUCGUGGAGAUAGUACAAGCAAGCGAUGGAGAAGAAAUACGGGCUCCAGCUUCGAAUCCCAAAAUCGCAGUCAAAGCCGACAGCAUCGAGGCCUCCUGCUCCUCCGCCGGCAUUUGCUUUCGGCGGUGAUGAUGAGGACGACGUUGAGAGGGAAAUCUCUCGCCAGGCCUCCAAGAACAAGGCCCUACAGAAGGUAGAGGAGCAGCACAAGAAGGCGCUUGAAGAGGAUCCCUCGGUCUUCGACUAUGAUGGGGUAUAUGAUGAGAUGAAGGAGAAGAUCGUGCGCCCCAAGAUCCAGGACAAAACUGAGAGAAAGUCAAAGUAUAUUGAAGUACUUAUGGACAAAGCAAAACAACGUGAGCGUGAACAUGAGAUUAUCUACGAGAAGAAACUGCUGAAAGAAAGGAGCAAGGACGAUCACCUCUUUGCUGACAAAGAGAAGUUUGUAACAAGUGCCUAUAAGAAAAAGCUUGCUGAGCAGGCAAAAUGGUUGGAAGAAGAGAGGUUGCGGCAAAUUCGUGAGGAAAAGGAGGAUGUAACCAAGAAGAAAGAUUUGAGUGACUUCUACUUUGGUCUCAAUAAGAAUGUUGCUUUUGGUGCUCGAUUGAAUGAGGACCCAAAGCCAACACAACAUAACGAAGCAAAUGAUAGCACCCAGGAAAGUCAAGCAAGCAAGCAGGAUGCUAAGGAAUCUCACCAUUCUCCUCAACGUAGAGAGGAAGCCAAUAGAGAACCUAAAAUGAUCGACCGUGCUAAGAACAGUUCUGAAGAAGUUGUAGCGGAGGCUGUAUCAGCGGUCCCUGCAGGAAGUACCUCGGUGGAGGACAAGAUCAAUGUUGAUCAAGCAUUGGCAUCUCAGGCGACAACCGCUGAGCAUUAUAAAAGGAGCGAGGAUGCAUUGGCUGCUGCGAGAGAACGGUUUAUGGCACGAAAGAGAGCUAGAGAACAAUAACUUGGAGGGUGCGAUAUGGACAUCAUAUAUUGUGACUCGAGUCACUUGGCGAUCCGACAUGCUCGAUUGCUCGACUGUAUAAACAAUCAUGAUCCAACUACUUGUACUUUAUGAGAAGAUACAGGACAAGUGGAACUCAGAUGCGAAACAAAUACGAGUGUGUAAGCCGGUUUUGAGCACCGAACCCUGUAUGUCGAAAGUGAUGAAAUAAGUUAGAUUUUAAACAUUAUCAUUGCCCUUUUUAAAUUCCUUGUAAUCUCCUGUAAGUUGAUUGCCUGUUGUACAGCAAGUAACUAGGAUCUCUUUAUCGCAUAUUAUUUAGUGAAAAAAGAAAGAAUACUAUAAUUUGCUUUAGAAAACUCCGCAGGUAAAAUUACGGGUAAUCUCCAAACUUUUGAUGAAUCACAAUUUGGUUCUCGAUCUUUCAAAUGCUUUGCUUAGUUUGAACAAA